AACUAAUUCAUUUGCGCUUGCUGCUACAACAACAACAACAACAACGACGACGAACAAAAUUUCCCACACGGAGAGAGAGAGAGAGAGAGAGAGAGAAAGAAAAUGUCUACCAACGCAGUGUCAAUGUGUUUUAAUCCGUUAAUUCAGUUGAAAAUGCGACCCCAAUUCCCCGCCAAAAAAACAACCUCAAAAUCCACAUCAAUCUCUGCUCGCAAUCAAAAUUCUCAAACUCCCACAAAUCAACAGCAACAACAACUCAACCUCUCCGUACUUCGCUUCACUCUCGGUAUACCUGGGUUGGACGAGUCUUAUUUACCCAGAUGGAUCGGGUACGGGUUUGGUUCGCUUCUCAUUCUCAACCAUUUCGUGGGUUCAGAUUCUUCUACUACCACUCUGCCACAGCUUAGAAUAGAAGCUCUGGGUCUUUCAUUGGCAGCAUUCUCAAUUGUAAUUCCCUAUCUUGGAAAAUUUCUCAAGGGUGCUAGUCCAGCUGAUCAAGCAACUAUCCCUGAAGGCACUGAGCAAAUAUUUGUCAUGUCACAAAAUAUAUCAGAUAGUUUGAAGGAGGACCUGGCUUGGGCAACAUACAUCUUGCUUCGCAAUACAAACACCAUAGCUGUGUUAAUUUCAUUUCGAGGAGAAUUAUGUGCGCGUGGCUACUGGAACACACCGGAAGAGGUAUCAAAAACAAAUUUACUUGCUUGGUUUAGAAGACAGAUGGGAAGGAUUGGCCUGGAAAAUAUAAAGGAUACUCUUUAUUUUCCUCAGAGCUCAGAUUCUGUACUUUGGGAGAUGUUACCCAAGGGGACUCGUUCUCUCCUGGUAGAGCCAGUGCUACAAGUUCGAAACUCUGGUGCCAAUCAGAUGGAAAAGAUUGAAGGGUUUGUCCUGUUGGCUUCAGGCAUGAGCUAUGCAUAUAGUGAUAAAGAUAGAGCCUGGAUAGGAGCUCUUGCAAACAAAUUUGGAGGUGCAGUCUGAAAAUGGCUAUUGGUUUUUUAGUUUAAUCCAGCAUUGGCAGAUUGGCUAGAUUGGGCCUCUUUUUUUAUUUCACACAGAAACAUUAGAAGGAAAGCAACUGUGCACAACUUGCUUGAGAGGAGAGCCAAAUACCAUAAUCACUAUCUAUUUUUAAUGUUUUUCAGCAUCAAAAGAGUGAGGAAGAAGAGUAAAAAGAAACAUUAUCAAAGCAUGUAUCUGUUUGGUUUGUAUGCUACAUUGGUGAUCAGCUCAGCAAUUCUAGAGAAGUCACCAAUUAUGAAAGGAUGCGAUUUAUAUGAUAAUAGCGGAGUCAUCAUUCCUUUAAAAUCAUCAAUAUUCAAAAUUCCAAGAAAGAAGUGUGUAAUUUGUUCCUUGAACUAUGCAUGUCCUUGGAAACCUGGCAUUUUGCAGAGAUCAAGUCACCAAGAAGCAUUAACGUUCUCUUGAUUUUUGGAUGAUAUGGUAUGGAUCUUUUGAUUAACACCCAGGUUAAGGUUCCAGAUUUUGGAGAUAGAAGUAGUGGUGUUCUACAAAAAUUUCUCCAAGCCAUACACCAGAUUCUGCAAGAAUAAUGAAGAAGGGAAGGACUAUUCUUACUUUGGAGAUGGACAAAAGCAGAAUGCUUGAAGAAAAUAAAAGAUAAAAUGGUAUUUGAUUGGUUACCUUAAGGCGCACGACCUUUCUAAUGGCCAAGAUUAGGCCUGGCAUGAGACAUUGCACAUUAGUGAUAUCAUGUUUGAGAGAGUAAAUCUGUGGCAAGCAGUAUUUAAGGAUCAGAUUAGCAGGGUAAUAAAGAUCUGGCCAAGAUUGGAGAGGUUAUUGGCAAUCUGGGUGGCAUUUGGCGAUGGAAGAUCCUGGCCAUCAAAGACAAUUUUAGUAUUUAGUGUGCAAGUGGAAGGAAGCCGAUAUUGCUGCUUGUUGGAGAAGUAUAGAUCCUAUGGAUAGAGUCGGAGCAACAAGACAACCCUGAGAGCAGCAGAGAUUGAAAUAUUGAAUGCCAAAAAGAAGAAAGAAAUAGUUGAAAUGUUUUAAGAUGUAAAACUCAAAUUGAAAAAUCAAGGCCAGUUCAACUGUUAUAACCUCUCACCCUGUGCUCACCGUGCUGGCUUUCUCACAUAAUCCGGACAAUGCAGCUACCGUAUCAAGCUUAAUUCGAGGCACAUGAACUACACUUUUCAUCCCAAAUGCUGUUGCCUAAUAGGAUAUAGAAACGAGCCAUAGGCAAUUAGAUUAGAUUUUGUAAUGCUUUAUAAGUUCAAUUAUAAAAUACUUCUGUUAUGAAUCAGAUUUUUUUUUUUAAUAAAUAUUUUUAUUUUAAAUUAAGGGAGAUUUUACGUUU